AUUCAGCUGCCGGAGGCGUCACAUCCGGGAACCCGGGAACCAGGGCCUAAACCGGGGAGCGAGCAGCCCCCACCCAGCGCCUGAUACACGGACUGCACAGCGAGGAUGCAGCACCUUGGGAUGUGAAUGGGGGGAUGUUGAAGGACCCCGCUGCAGCUGCAUUGGAGCACACCGCUGACAAUACAAUGGUUCUUGGAAAAGACGAUUCAGAAUUUAAUCCCCCCACCCUUCCUGAGGCAGUGAGACCCAUCUCUGUUCAGUCCGCCUCUGACAAUAAGGGCAGCUGUGUUCUAGACUCUGGUUGCGGAGGUUUCAUAUCUGUUAAUGAGACUCAGACUUCCAUUGUUCAGUCAUCCAACCUAAAAAGGAAACGGGGACGAUUCCAGAAGCACAAAGCUGAUGUUAUACCCCCAUCCCCUGUCCUGCCAGUAUCUUUGGCAGAGCCCCCCUCUUCUAGUCUGCCAAGUAUGCCAGAGAUCGAGCCGCCGAGCUCCAGCCUCUUUACACCACCUUCCAAAAUCCCAAAGAAGCGAGGCCGUAAAUCCAAGGCUGAACUCCUUAGUAUCCGAUUAAGUCAGGGACUAGAAGCUUCGGUUCCCAAGGAGCAGAGUGCCGCUGGCGACAGUGACACAGGCAGUAAGGAACAGGAAGUGACCCCAAGUGGGCGUCCCCGGAGACGUGCGGCAAAAACAGCCUUACUGUAUCUGCAAGACUUGGAAGAUGAGUGGUCUGCGUCUGGCGUGCCCUCUCCCUCCAAGCCAACAAGUACAGAAGAAGGGGACUAUGAGGAGCCCGUGAAACGAAGACGUAAGAGGAAGAAAGCGGAGGAGGUCGAUGAGGAUUUUGUUGUGUCGGAGGAUGUACUUCAAGCAGCAGAGAAUGAAGAGGCUGAAAGUGAGAGACUGAGUGACAUCUCAGACAGUGAGUUGGAAUCGAUCAAGACAAAAAGCACAGCCACUCACUGUCAGAAGGAGAGUCCGACACUGAGAGGAUUUGCAGAGAAUGGAUUCUAUUGCUCAAUCAUGGCUCCCAUCUGGAAAGCUACGGAAGUCACCAUGGAAUACCACGACUUGAACCAUUCGUACUGGGAGUUUCCGGAAUGGAUCCCGAACAAGGAAAACUGGCACAUCUUGUCUGCGAGUGAUUAUGAGACGUACAUCCCCUCUCAAGCUACAUCACCGCAAUUCGCCAUCCGCAGAGAAGGUAUUAAGGAAGACAGUGACAUCUACACACUCGGAAGGUUUCAAUCUCUUCCACCACACCCUGAGCGGUGGGACAUGACCUUCUUUGUUGGGGGGCCUGUGUGGGCCAUGGAGUGGUGCCCAACCAUGUCGGGAAGCAGGUCAUGCCAGUACCUGGCUUUGUACUGUCACAAAGGCAUGGAUGACCAAACCAGAGUGGACAUAACAAAGACUGGACCAGCUUUGCUACAGCUGUGGAACCUGGGGCCCCUGGAUAUGGAGAGAGGUGCUGAGUCUGCAGCAACGUUCUCCUAUGGCUUGGCUUUGGACCACGGCUGCAUCUGGGAUUUGAAAUUCUGCCCUAGUGGAGGUUGGGAGCUUCCUAGUAUCCCAAGAAAGAACUCACAGAUGGCGCGACUUGGUCUCUUGGCUGCUGCCUUCUCCAGCGGAUUUAUUGAAAUCUACAGCUUGCCCCACCCGGAAUCCCUCUACACCCAUCGCAAAGAGCAGGUAAAAGGCUACCAAAGUGAUGAGCUCACUAUAUGUAAGGUGGAUUGCGUUGUGAGAUUGCAGGUUGGUUCAAUCAAAUGCCGUAACCUUGGAGAGAAUGGGCAGUGCUUCACUCUGGCAUGGGUGCCUUCCAAACCCCACAAUCACUUGGCUGCUGGAUUCUACGAUGGUACUGUGUCUAUCUGGGAUUUAAAGACAAAGUCAGCGUUGCAGAAGGUCCGACAGGGCAGAGUAAUUAAGCAAUACCCCUUCAACAGCUUCCAGGCACAUGACCACGCUGUGCGUAGUGUAGAGUGGUGUAAAGCAAACAGUAACUUCCUAGUGACAGCUGGAAGUGACCGUCAUCUGAAGUUCUGGGACCUGCGCCGUCUUUAUGAGCCAAUAAACAACAUCAAGCGUUUCUUGAGCACAGAAAUUGCCUGGUUGCUGCCAUAUUGUGGCGUGGCUGUGGCACAAGAAAACUGCUAUGCCUCCCACGGACUAUGUGGGAUUCAUUUUGUGGACUCUGGCUUCCAGGGCUACAAGCCGUAUUUUCUGACUCCACGGAAAGGAACUGUCUGGAGUAUCUCUGGCUCAGACUGGCUGGGCUCAGUUUCUGCUGGAGAUGUCACCGGGGAGAUGAUUGUUAUUUUGCUGCCGAAUCUCAACGUUCACUCCUUAAACAUCAAGCGGCCUGCGGAUCGCAGAUUUCCGGUGUACAAAGCAGACUUCCUUCCACUCACCCCCUCAUCCUCUGACCCUUCUCCUGCUGUCCCAGAACUUCCCGUAGGACCCUUGGUAGAGAGCAGCGAUUGGGGACAUUUCAAACCCAAAUCCUUCCGGGCAGCAGAAGGACACUACAGUUUCCUUUUUCAAGACACGGACCUGAGGAAAUUCCAUAACUUCACCAAACGAGAUCCAAUGAAAAGGAUGCACGCUAAUGAGACAAAGGGUGAUCUUAAUACAGAGCGCGUACAGCUGGAAGCCAUACACAAGGUCCGUUUCUGCCCAAAUCUUGAUGCACACACGUGGAUUUCCUCUGGGGGCCACUCUGGCCUGAUUAGACUUCACUGUGUCAAAGGCCUCUUCUCCUCCGUGGCUGAGAAAUUCAUUCAGGAGAAGAGUGCACAGUUCCAAGCAAAGUUUGAAGAAGCCGACACGGUUCGGGAGUUCGAUUAUAGCCCCGAGGUCCAGCAUUGCAUUGUACAGAUAUAGACACUGAUGAUCUGCUCCUACACCAGCUCUGCUAGAGCCUCCGUGUGCAGGGUAAAGAGAGCCUUCUCAUCCGCCUGCUGAGUGACGCACGGCUAACCAUGUGUCUAGGAAACUCUUUAACCAGAGGAGCCCAGUCUGUGACAAACUGGGUCCUCAGGGCUUGGCCUUACCAACCAUCAUAUUAAUUGUGUGAACUUUUGUUAUGAAUGGGUUCUAUUAUAAAUCUGUUUAUUUUACUGCCCAGUUAGCGUCUAGUUUUAUACGUCAGACUUCCUGUUUUUUAACCAAUUUUUAGUUUUGUUGUACUGCUCUUCACCCUGGUCUGGGCAGGAACCUUUACUUCUCUAUUUAUGGAAUAGUUAUUUUUAAAGCUGCCAGGAUGUAACUGAAGUUCCAACUGUCCCUCACACAGAAUUCCAGCUUCCUGCACUGGAGCCAUCUUCAGUGGAGAUUGGAGAACCAGCCCUGCACACAUUUAAACUGCGGAGGCCUCUGAGUACCAAAACUUGCCGUGCUCUGGGCAUUUCUCUGACACUCAGAGGGUUAGUGGUCACACAAUAAAUCCACGCUUUUAGUCCCAAUAACCUUAAUUGAGGAUGAUAUGUGGAUGAUGGGAAUUAGUCAUGUGACAGAUUCAGAAUAGCAGUAGCAUGCUGAGGGUGCUGCCUGGAGGUAGUUGUGGUGUUUGUGCUCAGUAUAUGUAUGGCCGUGUCGCUGGAGGCAUGGCUGGUGUAUGUAUGUCACUCUGUAUAAUCGCUCAUAUUGAGCUACCUGGGGGUCAUCAUGUUGUUUAUUAAAAUCUUAUGUUUUAUAAUGAAA